AUGGCAGUCAUGAGUCCCGAGUUGCGCGCCGCUUCGUGGCUGCGGCUUGUCGUUCACCCCAGCACCGAGAGCCUUGGGGCGGUUGACACGCCCUAUUCUCCUCAAUCAGCGGCAGGCCAGGUCCAAUAUGACGAUUUGCUCACUCCUCUCGCGGCCCUCCUUCAAUGUCGCCUCGACGUCUUGAACGUCACAGAAAAGCUGGAGAAAGCAGAUAGCUGGGCUGUGUUGAACAGCUCGCAGACGCACUUCUCGCAGUUACGGGCAAGAUUCCGGACGUCGAUGAAAAGCAUGAGCGGGGGAGUCCUGUCUGGCAGUUUGAAAGUCAAAGUGGGAGACAUCCCGUUUGGAAAGGUGCAGUGGGAAAAUGCUUAUGCUGACUCGGACGGAGACCGGACCGCGACAGACGAAUCCGAGGACGAGUCAAUCGGGGAGCAAAGCGAUGAAGCGGACGACGACGACUAUGAGUCCGAUGUGGAUGGCGAUGAGAGUGCGCACAAAGCUGGAGAAGUGAGCGGACCCAGACUGCAGCGGAAUCGUCAGAUGCACGUCUUGCACAACAUGGUGACACUCUGCCGACUUGCCAGAAUGAUCGCCGGUGUAGAACAACGCAGCGCCGAGCUUCUGGCCAAGGGCCUGGAAGGCGCGACGUGUGCAGGAGACACGAGGGCGAGGGUUCUGGCUCAGCUGAAACAUGCGGGAGACGAAGCGCGAGCGAGUUGGGCGCGGGAAAUGCAGAGGGAAGUCGAGGUCGCGGAGCGAUAUCGAGUUGCGACGAUCCAAGUACUGCAAGAUGAGCUGCGGCGAUGA